AUGAAUAUGUUCAACAACCAUCUCCUUCUGUACUACUGGACUACCAUAUGCCUUUUCAAUCUAUUAGCAGCUUUGAUAGCUGCUGAAGAUGUCACAAACAGCACUUUAAACAAUACUCACACUCUCUUAGGAUCUGUGCCUGCGGUCAUCUACAGAGUCGAUCACAUUACAGUGAAAGAAGGUUACAGUGCCUUGAUUGACUGUAACAUUCAGGGUCACCCGGGGCCAGAGUAUGAGUGGUACAACUCCAAUGGCCAUUUGCUGACAGAAGAUGAGGAUGGAGCAGGAAAAUGGAUUCUUGACAACGGCCAACUAAACAUUACCAGUGUUUCGUUUGAUGAUCGAGGAAAAUAUACGUGUGUUGCUUCUAACAUCUAUGGCCGAGUAAAUAACACUGUUACUCUGAGGGUUGUCUUCACCUCUGGUGAUAUGGGGAUCUACUACAUGAUUGUAUGCCUUGUAGCUUUUACCGUUGUUUUGAUCUUAAAUAUUACAAGGCUGUGCAUGAUGAGCAGCCACUUGAAGAAGACUGAGAAAGCCAUCAACGAAUUCUUCCGGACAGAAGGAGCCGAGAAAUUGCAGAAAGCUUUUGAAAUCGCUAAACGCAUCCCAAUCAUCACCUCAGCAAAAACUCUUGAGCUUGCUAAAGUCACGCAGUUCAAGACCAUGGAGUUCGCCCGUUACAUUGAGGAACUGGCAAGGAGUGUUCCACUUCCACCUCUCAUCAUGAACUGCAGGACAAUAAUGGAAGAAAUUAUGGAGGUGGUGGGACUAGAGGAACAGGGGCACAACUUUGUAAGGCAUUCGGCUGUAGGACAGGAGACCACUGAGACAGAAGAGAUGUACAUGAUCCCUAGUGCUCUGAAGCGCAGAGACUCUCUCACCGCUGACUCCGACGCAUCCUCUGUGCAUGAACCGCCUCUCAAGAUUGCGAUCAAAGUGUCCAUUCACCAGUUAGCUAGAAAGGACUGUGUGGAUGACCAGUCACAAGACAGUAUCCAGUUAGAAAUUAAAGAAGAGAGUGAAGAAGAGGAGAUUGCCCAAGAACCAGCACAAGCACCUGAUCCAGACUCGGACACAGAGACUCCUGUGGAACCAAAUCCUACUGACACACCUCUGCAAAGUGACAAGGACACGUGCAUUGUUUACGAAAGCCAUGUAUGA